UCACUCAUCAGUUCAGAGAUAUUUCUAAACAGAGAAGAGCAGGCCAAUGGCUCGAUGAUGGACGCGACAGAGGCUGGCGAAGACACUGCUGCUGCUGCUGCUGAAGACGACCACAGUCUUUCGUACCAGUCGGUCCAGGAGAUCCGCCGCGCGUUCGAGAGCUUUUGGACAGACUACGCGACGACUGUCGGCGCCGCCGCGAGCAGCGACAGCGACGCGACCGGGGUCGAUCGGUUGGAUGAGUUGCAUCAGAGAUAUGUCCAGCGGUAUCUGGCACACGUGAAGGUUCCGCUUGGUGACGGGCAGAGACCGAACGAAGGAUCACGGACGACCGACGACGGAACCCUCUCUGACGCGUUGCCGGAACUCGACUCUGACGCGGAAGACGAUUCAGAAAUCGAUGCGCGGAUCUCAAAAGUACUACGGCAGCAGGACCAACAACAUGAUCAGUCGUCGGUAGGGUCUCGCAGGGAUAGGCCGCGCAAACGAACGCACUCAGAGCUUAGCUCUUCUUCUCACCAACGACGGCGCUCGGCCAACCCCCCACAGCAACAAAAGCAACAGCAUCCACCACCAUCAGCAACAACAGCAACAACAACAACAACAAAAGCAAAAGCCCUCCGUCAACGACCCCAAAUACGACCGCUAACCUCCGGCGUACUAUCCUCUAUCGUCCUAGUCAACAGCUACGACACCCCCUCGACGCUGCGCACUCUCGCGGCCGCGAAACGAAAGAAACAAGCUGCUCUGAAACGCAAGCGCAAGGGCGAAAGCGACCUCGACGUCGACGCUCUGUGGGCUGCGCAUUGGCGCAUGAAGAGCUCGGCGUCGGCGAGGAAGAUGAAUGGCAAAUUGAAGAGUAGUUCCGCGAACGCUCGACCUCCGUAUCUGAGGAGAGCUCUUCGGCGAGGGAAGAGAUGUUAUAAAUUGUAAUUUUACUGUAUUUUUGAUUUUCAGUUGGUCGGCAUUGGCUGAUCAAGGAGUUGUGGAAUUGUAAGAUUAGGCCUUGGUUGUAUUUGUUAUUUUUUCGUCUGUAGUCAAUAAUGCAUAGAAUCCAAAUCGAAAGCAAAACAAGUGUUCAAAAGCCCGUGAUAUAUCGUCCAUAAAACAGAGACAA